AUGAACUCAACCACACGUCUGGACAGCUUCGGAGAUGCCUUCUCAAAGAACUUCAUCAGCUUUGCUGUCGGCUUCAUCAUCAACUGCAUCAAUGGAGCUUUUGUCUCUACCUACUUUAAGUACCAGGUCUUCCAGCGAGACCCCAGGUAUGUGCUGUACAUCCAUUUGGUGAUCAACGACAUGAUUAUGCUGACAGUCUCUGUGGCACUGCAGAUCAUGACCUACACCAUUCCCAUGAACCUGGCUCACUGCUGCAUCAUGCUGCUCAUCUCAGUUACCACCAACAUGAACAGCCCACUGAACCUGGCUGGCAUGGCAGUCGAGCGUUAUAUCGCUGUUUGCCGACCUCUUCAUCACGUCCGGAUCUGUACUGUGCAGCGAGCCUACGCUCUCAUUGCACUGAUCUGGGGCAUCUCCUUCAUCCCCGCCAUCACCGAUGUCAUCAUCAUCCUCGCCACCCAGCCCCUCUCAGUCUUCUCAAAGACCGUCAUCUGUUACCCUGCUACCGUGUACAGCACUCAGUAUCACAAGGCACAAAGCACAGUUGUCCAGGUGCUUCUGUUUUCCUUCGUCUUCCUGACUUUGAUCAUCACCUACCUGAAGGUCCUCUGCACCGCCUGGACAGUGUCUGGUUCAAACCAGGCCUCGGCCAGAAACGCCUGCAACACCAUCCUGCUGCACGGACUCCAGGUCCUCAUCUGCAUGUUGUCCUUGAUGUCUCCCAUAAUCAACCUCAUUUUAAUUACCUCUUGGCCCCGUGACAGAACCAAGAUCUUAUUCACCACCUUCCUGUUUACCAAUUUGCUUCCACGUCUGCUCAGUCCGCUCAUCUACGGCGUCAGAGACAAGAAGUUCAGCAGCCACAUGAGGCAGCACAUCUGCUGUAAAUGCUGCACCUCUGUAGAAAAGAGGGUGAACCUGAUAGGACUCCAGAGCAGUCUGGAGAUUCGUUACAUCUUCUUCCUGGUCGUCUACAUCAUCCCUCGUUUCAUGAGCCCUGUCAUCUAUCAUCCAUCGGUUUUCGGGAUGAGCAUUUCAGGAAGUACUGGACUCGGUACCUUGCUUGUCGAAGCCAACGUGUCAUCAGGAUCAAACCGCUGUUACUGA